AUGCAGAAGAUACAAAGACUGACUGAUCAUGCGAGUAAGAGGAUCAAGGCACAGCAGUAUGUGCCAGAUCACUAUGUGGUUGCAAAAGAGUUAAUAGAAAACUCGAUAGAUUCAGGUGCAACACACAUCAAAGUAACAUUUGAAGAUUUCAUAACUGUCGAAGACAAUGGAUGUGGCAUUGAUGAUCUCGAUGCGGUUGCUAUCGAAGGAUCUACAUCCAAGGAGUUGAUGUCUUACUAUGUGCUUGGAUGUGUGCAAACAACAGAAAGAUUCUUCUAUGGAUUCAGAGGCCAGGCACUAUGGUCAAUAGCAAGCAUGAGUGACCUAGAAAUUACAUCGAGAUCAACAAAACCAUUUGCUAUUCAUAAAUGUUUUAAUACGAACACAACAUCUAAAUGUGCAAGGGAAAGAGGAACAACGGUGGAGGUGAAGAACCUAUUCAAGAACAAUCCUGUGAGAAGAGUGGCGAGCAGAAACAGCAUUCGAGCAUGCCUUAGUAGAAUAUGCAGUCUUAUGGAGAACUACAGCUGUGUAAAUAACGUGGAGUUUACUCUGUUCCAUAACAGAAAGGUACUGAUGAGCCUGAAGGGAUGUGGUGCACCUCGUAAGUACUUUGAAUCACAAUAUAUGCAGUAUGCAGGCCGAUAUAUGGAGAUAUGUACGAAUACAUUUGAUAUGAUUAUGCUUCCUGUUGCAGUCAAGAAUCUAAAGCAGAUGAUAUUUUUGGGAAAGAGGCCGGUUGAGAACAAGAGGAUUUUGAAUGCAAUAAAGAAGGAGUUUGGAUUGUACUUUGAUGGUAAUCCAGCGUUUGUACUGGUGAUUAAAUGCUCUGGAGAUGUGAAUGUAGCUGUUGACAAGAGUGAAGUGAUUCUUGAGGAUGAGGUAGGGAUUAUAAGUCUGUUAAGAUCGGAGAUCAGCAGGUUUUUUUCAACAUCGAUUGUUGUAGUGUCAGCAAAAGGUGUUGCAAGCAGCAUGGAUCGAAGCAUGGCAGAUAAGAGCGUUAUAAAGAAUUUAGAGCAAGUAAUCUGGAAAGCUAGAUCGAUAAGUGAUGUUUAUAGUGAUUAUGAAGUAUCAGGUAAAAAAGAUACGUGUUCAGUGAUAAGUGAGCCUAGUACAGCAAAGAAUACUUGUAACACAUCAGAAGUAGAUGGAAUAAACAAUAUAAGCAAUAAAAAAGCCGGAAAAGAUGAUUUAGAGUUUAUGAAUUUGCCUGAAACAGCCAUAUAUUCAUAUCAAGAUGAUAAAGAUACAAGUGAAACACAUAAAGUGAGUAUUCCUGACAAAUGCAUAAAUGUGAAUAAAUCAGAAAGAUACGACAAUCAGUAUUACCCAGAGUAUACCUCAGUUAAUCAAAGUAGUUUUAGUAGUGACCUGAGUAUCAAUACAUAUGAAAGCGAAAGGCUUUCAACAAAAGCAUACAUGCUUUUUAAACAUGAUGAGGUAAUGCAGCCAAAACUGUGCUUUUUAAAAGAGGACUUUAACAAGCUAGAAGUGAUAGGACAAUUCAAUAAUGGAUUUAUUAUUGCAAAGCUAAAUAAAGAUGAAAGAACAUAUCUUGUUGCAGUGGAUCAGCACGCAGCAGAUGAAAUCAGUAACUACGAAAGAAUAAAGGCAUCGUUUACUCUAAAGACACAGAAGCUACUUGUUCCUAUUGAUCUACAUCUCAAUGCGUUGGAUAACAUGGUUGUGAAUGAAAACCUGGAUAUUCUUGCAAAGAAUGGAUUUAUUAUAAGUGACGGUGUAUUACAAGCUGCGCCAGCAUACAAGAACGAAGUGUUUGGUGUUGAUGAGCUAUCUAGAUUUGUUGAGGACAUAAAAUGUGGAGAGUAUGAAUUCUGGAAAGUUCGGGAGAUUGUUGCAUCGAAGGCAUGCCGAACAAGUGUAAUGAUAGGCAGAACACUCUCAGCAAGUGAUAUGAAGAGGGUUGUGAGCAAUCUUGCAUGCUUGGAAAGACCAUGGAAAUGCCCACAUGGAAGACCAACAUUUAUGAUCCUCAAUGAGUGUUUGGACAUAUAA